AUGCUAGAUCGCGACAUGGGUAAGCUGCAGUCUGCGAGUGAGCCACCACAACACGCAUUGGCGCAGAUUGGCUGAUCGCGCUCGAUGGGAUUGGUCUCUCUCAAACAGACAUCCAUGUGGACUCUUCUUUGCUGCCUACUCUCGAAGACGAAGGCGAGCUUCUGCCCUCGGCAGCACAUCCUUCGUACCCCACUGGACGUCCACGUCGCAACGUCAUACCAUAUGUCAGCGAGCCAAAGCUGUCACCGCUUCUGCACAACAAUCUCGCAUUGCUGAACGGCACGCGCGGUGGAGGAGCAGGACAUUCAGGGAGGGGAAUGGGCGAAGGUGGCGAUAAAGACGCCAACGAAGGCAGCGAGGCGGCACUCAAGAAGCCCUUGGUGGAGCUCCCAGCUCAUUUGGCCCUUCGAGCAGCUACAGAUGUAGCUCCUCAUCGCUCGGCAUGGCCCUUCAAGGCCUAUGGACCAGGUCCAGGGGGUGCAUCUAGCCUGCAGAGGUUCGAGCAGCGUCAUCCUCAGCGGGCAGAGCGAGAGAUUUGGGCAGAUCUGGGUCUUUCCGAAUUUCUACCAAGAGGUCGAGAAGGCGAUCCGCUACGAAGCUGUGUUGGAGAUGCGCGUCACGAACUACCAGAUUUUGGCGGGGUUGACGCGGAUGCAUCGCAAGCGAUCGCUUCCCUGGCUGCGGAAGGCGGGACUUCUACCGAUGCUAGGCAACGAGCUUCGCUUCUUCUCGACAGCGGCAUCUCUCGUGCGGAGACCGCAAGAAGAGAAUUGCAGCGCUUGGAAGCGGAGCUAGAUCAUACCGAGGCCCUGGGGCAUCCCACCGAUGAGCUGUUGGACGGCUGGACAGACUUUGAACUUCACGCUGGCAGGAUGGAAGCUCGCUGGGGAGCGACCAGGCCGUCGAUGCGGUUGAUCGCAAGCGGGCCAGUUGCGAGCUCGCAUGCGGUCGGCGAAGAUCUGGCUAGGCGUCAGCCGACAGAAGGGCUCUCGCGGUAA